CGGCGUUACGGGUGUGGUGGGGGCGUGGCCUGGCUGUUUGGGGGCGUGGUAUAGGGGAGGGGGCGUGGUCUGCGGGCGGAUUAUGUCAGCCCCGCGGCAGCCGCAGCCCCGAGGUGGGAGCGGCCCGAGCAGGCCCCCGGCCAUGGCUCUGCCCUGGGGGCUCGGCCUCCUCCUGCUGCUGGCGCUGGGGGGGCCCGGCGCCGCCCUCACCAUCCCCCAGGAGUACGAUCUGCCUGAGCUCCUGCAGCCCCCCGAGCUGACGGAUGAGCCCCCGGAGCAGCUCGUCGUCUUUCCCGGUGACGACAUCGUCCUCAAGUGCAAUGCCACCGGCAACCCCCCCGUCGAAUUCCGUUGGACGCGCGAUGACCAACCCUUCGACCCCUCCGAGCACGCGGGGACGUCGCUGGCUGCCGACGCGGGGACGUUGACCAUCGCUGCCAGGGUGGCCGCCGGCCUGCAGGGCCGCUACCGCUGCUUCGCCGGCAACGCCCUCGGCACCGCACUCUCCACCGAGGCCACCGUCAUCGCCGAGAGCACCCCACAAUGGCCCAAGGAGAAGCUGCAGCCGGUGGAGGUGGAAGAGGGGGACCCCGUGGUGCUGCCCUGCGACCCCCCCAAAAGCGCCGUGCCCCCCAAGUUCUACUGGCUCAACAGCCGGAUCAUGCACAUCGCGCAGGACGCCCGCGUCUCCAUGGGCCAAGAUGGGUUCCUCUACUUCGCCAACGCGGUGGUGGGCGACAGCCACCCCGACUACAUCUGCCACGCGCACUACCUGGGGCCGCGCACCAUCAUCCAGAAGGAACCCCUCGACCUCCGCGUCACCCCAAGUAACUCGGUGAAGGUGCGGCGCCCCCAUUUGAUGGUCCCCAGUGACCUCCAACCCCAUCACAUCGCCCUGCGCGGGGGCACCUUAGUGCUGGAGUGCAUCGCGGAGGGGCUCCCCACUCCCAGCAUCCACUGGCGGCGGCUGAACGGGCCCCUGCCGCCCGGCCGCGCCUCCUUGGAGAACUUCAACAAGACUUUGCGGCUGCGAGAGGUGGAAGAGGCCGACGACGGCGAAUACGAGUGCGUGGCCGAAAACAGCCAGGGCCAAGCGCGCCGCAGCCACCUCGUCACCGUCGAGGCGGCGCCGUACUGGGAGCAGCGGCCGCGCAGCGCCGUGUUCGGCCCGGGCGAAGCGGCGCGGUUGGAGUGUGAAGUUGGGGGGCGACCCCCCCCCCGCAUCACCUGGCGCCUCAACGGGGUCCCCCUGAACGAGGCCCCCGGGGGGGCUCGCUGGGCGCCCCGGGGGGGCUCUCUGGUGGCGUCGGGAUUGGAGCCUUUGGACACGGCGGUGGCGCAGUGCGAAGCCCAAAACCCUCACGGGCGCCUCCUCGGCAACGCCUUCGUCUACGUGGUGGAGCUGCCGGUGCGGAUCCUGACUGCGGAUGGGGGUUCGUACGCGGCGGUGGAGAACCAAACGGUGCUGCUGCCGUGUCGCGCUUUCGGGGCGCCCACCCCCACCGUGGAGUGGCUGACCCCCACCGGGACCCCCCUCCUCCAGGACCCCCGAGCCUUCGCUCUGACCAAUGGGUCCCUCCGCUUCGGACCCCUCAGCCGGGGGGACGGGGGGGUCCUCAUCUGUCGCGCCCACAACCCCCGUUCCAGCGCCCAAAUCAGCGCCCACCUCCUCGUCAGGGCGGCGACGCGGAUCGAGGAGCCCCCCCAAAGCGCAACGGUGAAAAAGGGGGAGACGGUGACAUUCCGGUGUGUAGCCACCUUUGACCCCGCGCUGGCCACCCACGGCAUCCAGUGGCUACGGGACGGGCAACCACUGGCCGAAACGGCCGACAGCGACAAGUAUUUGGUGGCCGAGGAGACGCUGACGGUGGCCGGAGUGGACUAUGGGGACCAGGGAACCAUCGGCUGCCGCGCUUGGACCCCCCUGGACGCCGCCCUGGCCGAGGCGCAGCUCCGAGUUGUGGGCCGGCCGGGACCAGUAUGGGACCCGCAAGUGCAGGAGGUGGGAGAGCGGCGGAUCCGUCUGAGCUGGAGCCCGGGCGAGGAGCACAACAGCCCAGUGGAGAAGUUCGUGGUGGAGGAGGAAGAGGGGUUCUUCUCUCCGGGGCGCUUCGUGGAGCGCCUGACGGUUCCGGGGGUGCAGCUCUGGGCCCCCCUCGAUCUUUCCCCCCACGGAAGUUACCGAUUCCGCGUGGUGGCAACGAACGCCUACGGCCGGGGGGACCCCAGCACCCCCACAGCCCCCAUUGUCACCGCCCCGGCCGCCCCCGAACGCAACCCUGAGGGGGUGAAAGGGGAAGGGAACGAGACCGACAACCUCGUCAUCACCUGGGAGCCGCUGCCGCCGAGGGACUGGAACGCGCCGGAGGUUCAUUACCGGGUGCAGUGGCGGCCGCGGGAGCCUCCGGGGGGGCCGUGGCACGAGCAGACCGUGGGGACCCCCCCCGUGGUGGUGGAGGGGACCCCAACUUUCAGCCCCUACGAGAUCCGCGUGCAGGCGGUGAACGAGGCCGGGAAGGGGCCCGAACCCCAAAUCACCAUCGGCUUCUCCGGGGAGGACCUGCCCCUGGUGUACCCCGAAAAUGUGGGGGUGGAGAUCCUGAACAGCACCCACGUGCGGGUGCGUUGGACCCUGAACGAGACACCCCAAAACAUGCGGGGGCGGCUGCGCGGCUUCCAGGUCCUGUAUUGGCGUGAGGGUUGGGUGGGCGAUCGCUCCCGCCGGCAGGCGCCCCCCCCCGCGCCCCCCACGCCCCCCCCCUCGGUCCUCUCGGUUUUCGGGGGUCCCGGGGGGGGCGCGGGGGGGGCUGUUUUGGGGGGGCUCCGACCUUGGAGCCGUUACCGACUGCGAGUGAGGGUCCUCAACGGGCGGGGGAGCGGCCCCCCCAGCGACGAGAUCCGCUUCCACACCCCCGAGGGAGUGCCGGGACCCCCCGAGGAGCUGCGGGUGGAGCGCGUGGGGGAUGCGGCGCUGCUGCUGCGCUGGAAGCGACCGCGGCACCCGAACGGCGUCCUGACCGGGUACCUCCUCCAGUACCAACUGGAGGCCGACCCUGAGGCUCCGCCCCCCCCCGCGCUGGAGCUGCCGCUGCCGCCGGGAGCGCUCAACGCCACUCUGGAGCGGCUCCUCCCGCGCGCGCGGUACCGCCUCGAGCUGCGCGCGCAGACCCGGAAGGGGGCGGGGCCACCGCUGCGCAGGCGCGGCAGCCUGCGGCCCGAGCCCGUGCUACCGGUGCUGAAGAGUGUGGAGGUGCGGGAGGUGGGAGAGGACUUCACGCUGCUGGGUUGGACCCUCGCCCACCCCGAGCAGGCCAGCAUCGAGUUCGAGGUCCAGUACACCAGUAAAACCACGGAGCCGCGCUGGGAGCUCUCGGGCCGCGCCAACUCCUCGCUGGGUGAAUUCCGCGUGGGCGCUCUGCGCCCCGGAACCGCGUACCGCGUGCAGUUCGUGGGGCGCAACCACUCCGGGGAGAGGGUCCCCUUCUGGGAGAGCGUCGUCCUCACCAACGGCACCCUGGUGCCGGGUCCCGCUGGCGGCUUCGCCACCGAGGGUUGGUUCAUCGGCUUCGUGAGCGCCAUCGUCCUCCUCCUCCUCCUCCUCCUCAUCCUCUGCUUCAUCAAACGCAGCAAAGGGGGCAAAUACUCAGUGAAGGACAAGGAGGACACACAGGCGGACUCGGAAGCUCGACCCAUGAAGGAUGAGACCUUCGGGGAGUACAGGUCGCUGGAGAGCGACGGCGAGGAGAAGGCGUCGGGCAGCUCGGCGCGGUCGCUGGGGGCGGCGGGGGCGGCGCUGGGCAGCGAUGACAGCCUCGCCGGCUACGGCGGCAGCGCCGACGUCCAAUUCAACGAGGACGGCUCCUUCAUCGGGCAGUACAGCGGCACCCGCGGCACCGCCGCCGGCAGCUCCGGCCCCGCCAGCCCCUCCGCCCCCGCCCCCCUCGACUGACAGCGGCCCCGCGCGGCCACCGGGACCCCAACGCGGCUACCAGGGCCCCAAUGCGGCCACCGAGACCCCAACGUGGCCACCAAGACCCCAACGCAACCACCAGGACACCGAUACGGUAACCAGGACCCCAACAUGGCCACUGAGACUCCAACGCGGCCACCAAGACCCCAACAUGGCCACCAAGACCCCAACGUGGCCACCAAGACCCCAACGCAACCACCAGGACACCGAUACGGUAACCAAGACCCCAACGUGGCCACCAAGACCCCAACAUGGCCACCAAGACCCCAACGCGGCCACCAAGACUCCAACAUGGCCACCAAGACACCAAGAUGGUAACCAGGACCCCAGUAUGACAAACAGGACCCCCAACAUGGCCACCAAGACCCCAAUAUGGCCACCAAGACCCCAAUGUAGCCACCAGGACCACAGCAUGGCCACCAGGACCCCAGUAUGGCCACCAGGACACCCAUAUGGCCACCGAGACCCCAGUAUGGCCACCGAGACCCCAGUAUGGCCACCAAGACCCCAAUGUAGCCAAUAAGACCCCAGUAUGGCCACCAGGACACCCAUAUGGCCACCAAAACCCCAACAUGGCCACCAAAACCCCAGUAUGGCCACCAGGACACCCAUAUGGCCACCAAAACCCCAACAUGGCCACCAAAACCCCAGUAUGGCCACCAGGACACCCAUAUGGCCACCAAGCCACCCCCCAUGGCCACCAGGACCCCAACAUGGCUACCAGC